UUCCACCAAUUUUCCAGUGAGUGCCCAAAACAUGUCCAGAGACCUGAAGAUGACAGAGGAAGGCAGAUCCAAGAAUUCCUCCUUAUUUCACUACUCCAGAAAUGUGGAAGCAGAUGCGAAGGAGGAGGGAGUGUAUCAAGAGGAGACAUUACAACAUCCUUAUGGAGGACAUGCAUCUAGCUUUCUGCCAAGUACCCUCUGGCAGCCAAAACAACAGGGUUUCAUUGUUGAUACCCACUGUCACUUGGACUUGCUGUAUUCCAGGCUGCCUUUCAAAGGCACCUUUACCAAAUUCAGAAAAAUGUAGAGCAACACCUUCCCCAAGGAAUUUCAGGGUUGCAUUUCUUGCUUCGACAAUCCUCAAAACCUAAGGGACAGGCUGUGGGAGGAUCCGUUGAAAGAUGAUCAGCCUUUGGCUGACAGCCUUUGACUGUCGCCCUCAUUUUGCCCAUUAUUAUAAUGACUAUCAAGAAAGAAGUAUUUUAAAAGCCUUACAACACCCCAAGGCUGUGGCAUUUGGAGAAAUGGGCUUGGAUUACUCCAACAUGUGCACCACACAUGUCCCAGAGCAGCAGAAGGUAUUUAAGAGACAGCUGCAGCUGGCCGUCUCUCUUAAAGAAGCCCAUGAUGAUCCACUGCCAAGAAGCCGAUGAAGACCUACUGGGCAUCUUGAAAAAAUAUGUGCCCUCUGACCACAAGAUGUACUGGCAUUGCUUCACUGGCAGUUACCCAGUCAUCGAGCCCCUGUUGAGCCACUUUCCCAACCUGUAUGUGGGCUUCAAGGCAAUUCUGACUUACUCUUCUGCUGAGCAAGCCCGAGAAACUGUGAAAAAGAUCCCAUUAGAGAGAAUUAUUGUAGAAAACAAUGCUCCCUUCUUCCUCCCUCACUGGGUUUUCAAAAGCUGUUGCCAGUAUGCCCACCCAGGCCUGGCCCUGCAUACAGUACGAGAGAUUGCCAGAAUCAAAGAUCUGUUGCUUUCCCACACCUUGGCCAUCUUGCAGGAGAACACCUGUCACCUCUACCAUCUUUAAACAGAAAAGGCACAGUCAGGAGUCUUCCUAAGAAAGGAGACCAGUAGCCUGACAAAACACAUGAACUAGAUUUGAACUCUAUGUCCCGGGUCAAGGAUGUGUUUGAAGAAUUCGUUGGCAUGGAGUAAACCAGGACAGGAUAUUUUUCUCAAAACCUUUUCGUAAGACUUCUGCUUCUGGCUGGUAGGGUGGGGUACAAUGGGAUGGGAGGAAGGCUAAGGUAAACUGCCCUUGAUGUCAUUAAGGUUUUUCUUCCCAGCAAAAAUGCCUUAAGGUAGCCAGUAAAGAAGAGAGUUUGAUAGAAUACAAAGAGUGUCCCAAUCUAAAUCCCUGUCUUCUGCAGCCUGCUUUUGAUCACUUGGUGAAUAAAGUCACCCUUCUACUUGUCUUUAAAAAAAUGUAGAAUUUUAAAAGUGAGGUAGGUGAUUUGUGUAUUAUAUUCGUAUAUUAUAGGAAUUCUAUUUAAAAAUUUAAAAAU